GCAUUUCAUUGAUUUCAACACAAUGUGUGAUGGAAAGGGAGCCAAGAUGGCGUUGGAAGAGAGCUAGUUCAAGGCUGCAGCUUAUUGGUCAGUAGGCGGGAUCUAAACUGCAGCUUCACUCAGCUGAUCUCUCCCUACUUCACGUCCCCUUUUUUUCCUGAGUUGUUUUUUUGCACAGAUGAGCUGCUUUGCAGAGACUGGAGGGUUUUCUUGUUUGUCUGUUUUAUACCUAUAGCUGUUAAGUCAUCCGUUCUGUCGUUAACCCUCGGAUUUAUGUCGGUAGGUGGUUGGUUAGUUAGUUAGUGUAGUAUUAUUAAGCUCGUGCAUUUGUUUUUGAGUGGACAUCAAAAAAUAAAUUAUACAAAAUUCGUGGGAAAUACAUCAAAAACUGGAUCUUCUACUAUAUUAGAAUAAAACAUUAGAUAUGCUUAUUUAAGUCGUUGUUGUUACGCUUAUCCGUUCGCUAUGUUGUUGAAAGAAAACCAGGUCAGCUUAAGUGUUUUCACGUCUGUAACGGACUCAAGUGAUGAACCGAUUCGAGCUGCGGUUCCUCCAUCUGUGGAGCUCGGACUCACCAUUGUUUAUACCAUCCUAUAUUCGCUACUUUUUGUGUUUGUUUACUUGCAACUUUGGCUCAUUUUGCGUUAUGGACACAAGCGCUUCAGCUACCAGAGUGUCUUUCUUUUUCUCUGUUUGCUGUGGUCAGCGCUAAGGACUACAUUAUUUUCAUUCUACUUCAAGAACGUUGUCCAAGCAAACCAGUUGCAGCCUUUGCCUUACUGGCUGUUGUACUGUUUUCCAGUAUGCCUCCAAUUUUUCACUCUGUGUCUGCUCAAUCUUUAUUUUGCACAGGUAAUGUUUAAAGCCAAAGCAAAAUAUUCUCCGGAGCUCAACAAAUACAAGCUGCCCAUGCAUCUGGCGUUCAUCUUUGCCAGCCUUUUCUUCCUCGUAGUAAACCUGACAUGCGCCAUGCUGGUGCAGGGGGGCAUAGGGGGUGGCAUGGGGGGCGAGGCGGGCGAGGCAGAGGUGCGGCAGGUGGUGCUGGCCCGGGUGCUGGUCAACGACAGCCUCUUCGUACUCUGCGCCAUCUCGCUGGCUGUGUGCAUUUUCAAGAUUGCCAAGAUGUCCUCGUCCAACGUCUACCUCGAAUCCAAGGGUACGUCAGUGUGCCAAGCUACUGUCAUAGGUGCUGCAGUCAUCCUGCUCUACACGUCCAGGGCCAGCUAUAACCUGGUGGUGGUGGCUCUCUCUCCAGAGAACCGUCCCAGCGCCUUUAACUACAGCUGGUACAACGUCUCUGACCAGGCAGACAUAGAGAAGAUCAGUGGAGAGGCCUACAUCAUCUUUGGGAUCAUCCUCUUUUUCUGGGAGCUGCUACCCACCAGUCUGGUCGUGGUCUUCUUCAGGGUACAGAGGCCCAAUCAGAACCUAGCACCAGGAGGAAUGAUCAACAGUCACAGCUUCAGUUCCAAGGCCUAUUUUUUUGAUAACCCCCGGAGGUACGACAGCGAUGAUGACCUGUCCAGGAGCAACAACUCCAGAGCAGAUCGACCGAAUAGUUUCCUGUCCUCGACGCCCCAGUUGGACCCCAGCUGGUACAGCUCCACCCAGAGGAACGGCAGCCUUACGGGGAUCCCCCAUCUCCCCACCGGCUCCCAGACCUCCACUGCACCCCUUCUCCUAGCCUACGGCAACAUCCAUUCCAACCAGCACCAUAACUACUAUUCCACCCCCCAGAACUACUAUUCUACCCCCCAGAAUCACUACUGCACCCCUCAGAACUAACCACCCCCGCCGUCCCCAGUAGAUACCCCUGAAAGUAAUCCAGAAAACACUCAGGAAAGGGGCGCUCCUGACCUUCAGCUACAUGGCUACGACCCUCUGGGUUACCCUAGCGAUCCUGUGACUGGCGCUGUGUGGCCACACCUCCCUCAUUCCAGCUUUCAACCCGGUCCCACCCCACCAGGGCUACUUAACUACCGUCUUGUUGUAGGCAUGGUGACGACCAUUGAGAUUUCUAGGGCCAGACGAGGGGAGAUCAUUUGAGGUCAGUGGUGGUUAGGGAAUGGUCAGCUGAGUGAUAUUCUGUUUAUUAAAAAAGCUUUCCAACAUGUCUAUUACCACAGUCCUGAAACAGAGGUCUGCUACCCAACCCGAGCCCAACGGCCCCCGACAUUAUACAUCGGGUUAGGGCCAGGUAGGGUCUUUUUUUCAUCAAUAACUAGAGAACGGGCAGGGCUCGGGUAUCACUAGAUUGAUCACUAACAUUUUGAAGCUGAACCAUUUGUGUGUUCUCUGCUGCGCAGUACAGUCAUAUUUAACUAAGUUCUUCAACCACAUUACAUAUAAAACAGGAAAGAUUAUUUCACAGAAAAUAAAUGUUCCUUGAGUUUUUUAGGAGUUUAGAGUGAUGAAAAGUAGCCCAAGCAGAGCCAUUGCUAUGGAUACUCAGACUCAGAGCCACCAUGAGCUGAGCGGAUGCAGAGCGAGUGACAGACGGAGGAGCAGCUAAUGGAUUUACAAACUGAGGAAGUUAUUUCUGAUUUGGGGUUUUUGGCAGGGCAUUAAAUUUGGCAGAAGCAAUUGGGCCUGGGUAGUGUAGGGCCUGAACGUUGUGGGCAUGGGUAGGGCUCGGGCUUUACACUCUUGUCCGUGCAGGGCUCUUCCUGGAACAUUGUACUAUUCCUAAGAAGUGUUUGUAAGGAAGGGAUUGUGCUUCUCAGCUUUUCCACACACACACACUCUAUGUUUGUCGGACAUCAAACAGAAAAGUUAGUCCUCUAUCUCUUUCAAGGACCAGACAAGUACAUGGACCAGGAAGGACCAGGAAGGGUUAAUAAAUUUCCUAUUUUGCUUUGGUCCAGUGGGCAGUUCUCCCCGCUACCCCCUGCACACAGACUCCCCUCCAUGAGUCUGGAGGUGACAUUUGCACUUGAAAAAAUCCCCUCACUUCACAUUCUGAGGACAAGACUCUGGCUUUAAUGUAGACUUGGAUCUUUAUACAAUCUCAGACUUUGUGUUCCUUCCCUGGACCAUGUCUCAUUUCCCUGUAAAGACCAGUUGUUAUCUGAGCAAUGAGACAUCCAUGACCAUGUCCUUCUAAACCAGCACCAAAUGGGGCUAGAAUCAUGGGCAAUGCUCUCAGUAUUCGAGCCCAAUGUGCACUGGGACAC